AUGAAAAAAUGGGAUGAUGAAUACCGUAUGAAGAGUUAUGUAAAUAAAAUUUAGAAUGCAAAGUCUACAGUACCUAGUAAUCAAAAAAAAUCAAUGAAAAGUAAUAAAUGGAAAAUAUAUAAUAGAACAAAUAAAUAGAGAUACAGAUUUCAGUAGUCAUGUAUCAUAUAGAUCUAAUUUAACUGAUAUUAAGGAAAGUUUUUUAUUUAAGUAAGUGAGAGAUAUAUUAAUAUUAGAUAAUUGAUUGAAUACAAUUUAUAAUAAUACACAAAUAAAUUAUUAUUAAGAGGCUAUAUAGGUGGAUUAUAAACAUUAGCUUAAUAAACUACAGAUUCAUAAAAUCUAGUAUUGUAAGAGAUUAAAUUAUUACCUGGACAUAAAUAAAAAUUUUUAGAUUUGUUUAAAUAUUUAAACGAACAUUAUGAUCCUCAUAAUUUUAAUAGCUAAAAUUCAUAAACUCCUUAUAAAAAUUAAUAGAAUAGAAAUGGAUUACCUGGAUAAUUUAAUUCUCAUGGUAAAAUAGAAUAAACAAGAGAAACUUUUAUUGAAAUUCUAAAGCCACCUAAUAGAAGAGCAUCUCUUAAACAAUUCUCUCCUCUCUAAGAAAUAGGAGUAAUAAAACCAAGAGUUUUACCAAAAUUAGAAAGAAGUUCUAUUAAUGGUAAUAAUGAUAAAAGUCCUUAAUUUAUAGAUAGUUUAACAUAAUAAUUAAUUUUCAAUUAAGAAAUUAUUAAUGGGAAUUCUUUAUCAAUAACUAAAGAAAUUCCAAAAUCAUCAUUAUCAAAAACAAUUAAUCAUCCUUUAAUAAAGAUUAAAUAAACAAAAAAGAAAAAGUCAAUUAUUAAGUAAAAUUCUGAUAAAGAUAAUAAAUUAUUGAAGAAAUUAUUAUAAAUUAAUACAAAAAAUAGUAUUGGAACAGAUAUUGAUUUAUAGUAAGAUUAGAUUUAAUUGAUGUAUUAAUCAUUUGAUAAUGGAAAAUUAGCUUCCACCUUGAUCAAUAUUGAUAUUGAAGAAAUUAGUUAUUGUGUAGGUAUUACUCUAUAAAAAAUGAUUUCGAUUGUUGAUUUAGAGUAAUAGAGAUAUCUCGAAAAUGAAAUCUAAGAAAUUCAACAAGCAAUCUUCAAAGAGUCUGAAUAAUAUGAAGAAUUCGAAUCCAGAUGUAUAUUAACAUAAUUAUAAUAGCAAAUAAAGAAAGAUAUAGUGAUUAUUAAGUAAAUAAUGAUUAGACAGUUAAUAUAUCAAAGGCAGAUGAAAUAAAUUGUUAAGAUUACUUAAGUGAAGGUAUAGUAGAGCAUGAAAUUACAGAUUAAUAUUAUGGGAAUGAAGAUGUUGCUACUGAAUAGAUAUAAAAUAUUGAUUAAAGUGAAUAAUCAAAAUUAUAAACUGAAUAAGAAUAAGAGAAUUAUUCAUAAGUAUAAGAUAAUAAGUAUAAUAAAUAAAUAUAUAUGAUAGAGAAUAAGUUUCUUAAUCAUAUUUUUCAGUUGAUACUACUUAUAAUUUAGAUGAUUUUCUAUUGUUUAAUAAAGUUUUUGUUGAUAAAACUAUGUCUAAUUAUAUUCCUAAUGUUGAUAUUAUAUAAAACUAUUGUAAAAAUAUAAUGACAACUACUAAAAUGGAAAGAGAAGUUGCAAUUAUAUCUAUGAUUUACAUAAACAGAUUAUUAACAUAUAAUUAAGGAUUAGAAUUAAAUUGUUUUAAUUGGCAAAAGAUUUUAUUUACAUCAUUGAUUAUGGCAUCAAAAAUAUGGGAUGAUGAAUCUUUUGAAAAUAAUAAUUUUGCAAAAGUGUUACCAUAAUUUUCAACUUUAUAAAUAAAUGAGAUGGAAAAGGUUUUCUUGAAAUUAAUAGAAUAUCAUCUUUAUGUUAAUUCAGGUGAAUAUGCAAAAUAAUAUUUCAUAUUAAGAACUUAUGCUGAUAAAAAACAAAGAAGUUAUGCUCUAAAAUAAUUAGAUAUUUCUACUGUUUUAAGAUUAUAAAGAGGAGGUUAAUAACAAAUUUCAAAACAGUAAUAUAUUAAUACUUAAAACAAAAGCUUUUGA